AUGACACCCAAAAAACUCAACAAAGACCCCAAUUCACAACUGCUGGAAAAGCCUACCAAAUCAAGACCACCUCUUGCACGAUUGGCCAAAGACGAUAUUACAGUAAUACUUUAUGCCAAAGAGUUAAAAGGUGAAUCUAAAAAAGUUUCGAAGUGGUAUAAAAUCGGUACCUCAAAUAAUACCAAAAUCGAGAAGGUAGAAAUAUUUCCUGAACUAACACCUCAAGAAAUAAUUACACCUGAGAAACCUAAACCAAAUCCCAAUAAAAUAAAGAGAAAGAGAAAAACAACUGAGAUUGAAAAUAUCAUGUGUCGAGUAAUGAGAAAAAUUUUCACAGUUUGGCUAUGCAAAGAAGAUAAGGUUUAUGUGAUCAAGUUUGCUAUUGGGUCUCUAUUGACAAAUCUAAGUUACCAAGUUCUUUUCCUCAAUUUUGAACUCUAUAUGAAUGAUCCCGAGAAUAAAGAUCCUAUAAAGAUGUCAGAUGAAAUUUCUAAAUAUUUCAAUAGAAUCUCAGAUCCAGAUCAAAUUCACAUUCUCAUAAAGUCUGGGAAUUAG